GGAGUCAUCAGUCAUCCAUCGACAUCCAUCGACCAGAGCGAGAACGAUAAGGUUCGGUUGCUGAGAAAUGCGGACUGUAGGCUUGCAAAUGCCCCCCAAGUCCGUCUAGCUCCGCAGAGGACGACAAAUCCGUUAUGCUCCAGCGUCACCUCUGCGUGAAGUGUGUGUGUGUGGGUGGGUGGUUUCUAAGCCGUCGGCACCGCAAUAGCUUAGGAAUCCAGGAGGAGGAGCGUGCGGACGGCCGAUGUCAGACCUUCGCCGGGGGUACCUGCGCAACGCUCAGGAGACACGGGCAGCCCGAAGUACCCUUGGGUGGUGAGAGACCUGGGGUGGGCUGCUGGCGGCGCCUCGCUCGCUCUCGUUCGCUUUUCGGACACAUGGUACUGUCCGCCCGGGGAUUUUUUAUCACCGGGAGCCACACAUUCGCGAGCCUAUACGCCUAUACGCCGCCUGCACGCCCUUGCACGCCAGCGCCCUGCACACGCCCGCACACACCCUCCCCACCCAGUAUUACCAAGACUCACACCCUUCCGCGCGGAGUCACCCCAAAGACCGCGCCCCACACACGGAGUUUGCAGGCGUGCUGCUAGACGCCCCGAGUCGUCCGCGAUCACUGUAGUUAAAAAGAUUCUGAUGCCCCGUUCUCGGUCAGUCUUUCCAAACAGUCAUCUCAUCCAUCAGCUUCAGACAAGAUCACGACAUCGCUUCUAGAACUCAUCUACACUGACGCAAGGAUCACCACCAAGAGCCAGACGCCCCUACCCCACAACGCCC